GCGGACUCUCCAGGGCCUGCAGCCAGAUCUGAUCCUAGAGGAGGAGACGGCAUCCCUCCCAGGAGACCUGGAGAGUCUGAACAGAGGCUUCAAUCGCCUCCUUGUUAUGUAUCAGAACAAGAGGGAGCAGUUUGAAAAAAUAAGCAGUGCAGAUCCUUCAGGAGCCUUCCGCGUCCUGUCCGCAGCCCGUGAGCGGUCGGCCCAGGCUGCUCGGCAGGUCUCCGACAGCUCCCGCUUGCUGCUUCAGCUCAGGGACAGCCGGAGAGAGGCAGAGGGGCUGGAGAGGCAGGCAGGGGGCGCAGAAGGAGCCAGCGGCCCCCAGCUCGCGGCUCUGAGGCUGGAGAUGGCUUCCUUGCCUGACCUGACACCCACCAUCAACAAGCUCUGUGGUGGCUCCCGGCAGACGGCCUGUACCCCAGGAGCGUGCCCUGGUGAGCUGUGUCCCCAAGACAACAGGACAGCCUGUGGCUCCCACUGCAGGGGCAUCCUCCCUAGGGCUGGUGGGUCCUUCCAGACGGCGGGGCAGGUGGCUGAGCAGCUGCGGGGCUUCAACUCCCAGCUCCAGCAGACCAGGCAGAUGAUCAGGGCAGCCGAGGAAGCUGCCUUGCAGGUGCAGUCAGAUGCCCAGCGCCUGGAGACCCAGGUGAGCACCAGCCGCUCACAGAUGGAGGAAGACGUCAGACGCACGCGGCUCCUCAUCCAGCAGGUCCGCGACUUCCUCACAG